GUGAGGGUAGUUGCAUAAUUUUUAUCAUUCAAUGAAAAAUAAUUACUAUCAAUGACCACCUCAUUUUAUUUGAAACUAUAAAAUUGAAGGCUGGUCUUUGAACGUGCCAAAUACAAGUGUUAAAUGUUUGAAAUCACUUAAAAUGAAAUUAACUCCACGUCUCCUAUCAUCGGCCGCUGCAGUUGCGUUAACAUGUGUUGUAUCCGCCGCUGCGUAUUUUUACAAACGUCGUAACACUGAAAUUAAUGAAGUGAUGGUGUUUUGUAAAUUACAGUUUAAUCCCCACAACUAUUUUGACAAGUUGGUCAGCUUUAUUGAAAGUGCUAAAAACAGCGUUAACGUUUGCAUGCCCAGUAUACAUAAUCCAGCAAUACAAGCCCGUUUGGUGAACAUAAUAAAAUCCAAAAAUGUAAAAGUUCAUAUUGUUAUCGACCGGUCGGGAUACAAUGAUUCUACAGAUUUUUUCCUUAAAGAACUUAUUGCUGCCGGAGCUGAAAUAAAAUGUAAAUCCAGCGAACCCAUGUUUGGUAUGAAACACAAAUUCUGCUUAGUCGAUGAUAAGAUUUUGAUGACGGGAACACUCAAUUGGGGUGACGACCGAUCUUUCGACAGUUGGAACUAUGUUUACAUCACUAGUAAACAACAGUUGGUUGAACCAGUAAAGAAUGAGUUUUACCAGAUGUGGAACAAGGCUAGUGAUGUCCUAACUUUAGUUGACGUUUAUGGUGACAGUGACGCUGAAACGGUCGAAACUCGCAAUGCUGAUGAAAUGUCAGAUGACAGUAGUGAGCAAGACGAUGAUCAAGUUACCAUAAUUAUCGAUACAAAAAUCGAUAACAACAAUAUGGCCACCCCUAUUGAUAAGGAAAUGGCACAAAACCAAUUCAACUGUAUUUCGAAUAAAAUUUCUGUUUAAAUAUAAUAUAUAUUAGAAUUAAUAAUCCUUAUAAAUGAAUAAGCAGAUAAUUUUUAAUUAAUUAAUUCAUAAUUUUAUAAUUUAACUUGCCCUGUGUAAUGAAAUAAUAUUGUUAAUUAAUUUUAAUACUAAGACUUUUUACAAGUAAUGUAGAUAACAAUUGUAAUAAUCGAUUUUUUUUAAAUAUAGGGCACACUAUUUUUUUCUAAUCUUUCGUUAUCUUUUUUAUGUAAUAAUUUCUGUAUCACUGAAACAACUUUUGAAAAAAAGGGUUUCUAUUAUUCUAUUUUUAUGAAAUAAUUUUCAAUUUUAUAAUUUCUAUUUAUGUUCUAUUGCUUUUUUGCACAUAUAUUUUCCUAUUCUAUAUUUUAGAAGCUUAGCUUGUUUCUAUAUUUUUUCAAUAAAACAAAUGCUCAUUAAA